AUGGGAUGUUGCUAAGAUAGACCCAAUACAACUCUCAGAGCCAACGAACUGAGACCCCUGACCAAGGCUCCAUCUCUUAUCCUCACUCACAAGGCUCAAGUGAUGGAACCAAUGAAGAUCUCCAUUAUUGGAGACAUCGAUUAAAUGGAUUUCAUGGAUGAAUUCCCUCAACCCAUGCCGUCUAUCACCCAAAUCGACUCCAAAUUUGCCGCAAAACAAAUGUCCUCCCGUGAAUUUAAGGAAACCAGGGACUUGGUAAUGGAAUAAUUCCUAUCGUUUUAGAAAUUAACUUAAAUAUCGGAAACCAUUAUUAUCGAUAUGAGAUCAGGCACCUUUCUCUAGAGUCCCCUUAAACCAAUGUCGGAGAGGCAUUCCAGCAAAAACUUGAAUUCCAAAUUCAUUGGGAUGCUCUGA